UGUGCUUGUGACUGUGACAUUUUGAUUGUAUCAAUUCGCAAUUUUUAUAAAAAUUGUUUUUUUGCACACAAAUUCAUAAAAUGGCCAAGAAAACUUACGAUUUAUUGUUCAAGCUGCUGCUAAUCGGCGAUUCUGGAGUAGGAAAGACGUGUAUACUGUUCAGAUUUUCAGAUAAUCACUUUACGACAACGUUUAUAUCUACCAUAGGCAUCGACUUCAAGAUAAAGACUGUGGAGCUGCGGGGCAAGAAGAUCAAGCUGCAGAUCUGGGACACGGCGGGCCAGGAGCGCUUCCACACGAUCACCACGUCGUACUACCGCGGCGCGAUGGGCAUCAUGCUCGUGUACGACAUCACCAACGAGAAGACCUUCGACGACAUCGUCAAGUGGCUGCGGAACAUAGACGAGCAUGCAAAUGAAGAUGUGGAGAAGAUGAUAUUGGGGAACAAGUGUGACAUGGAAGAGAAAAGAGUUGUCAGCAAAGAGAGGGGUGAAGCUAUCGCGCGCGAGCACGGCAUCCGCUUCAUGGAGACGUCGGCGAAGUCGAACAUCAACAUCGAGCGCGCGUUCUCGGAGCUGGCGGAGGCCAUCCUGGACAAGAGCGGCGGGCGCGAGGCCGACGCCGACCACGCGCGCAUCGCCGUCGAGCGCCGCCCCUCCCGCGCGCCCCCCGCACGCGCCUGCUGCUCCUAGACACGCCUUCACACCGUCCUCUGGGAGUCUUCCACUUCUCACCGUAACUAGGGGCAUUCCGAUAUCAUACAAAGUAAAGUCAUCACGGUGAGAAGUUGCAACUCACACUCGGCCCUUAGAGUUAUUUUACCUUUGACAGGACCUUUACUAACACCUCAAUCGUGGGUAUCGUAAACACAAUAGUUUUUCAAUUGUUAUGCGGCUGCCGCUUGGGGAUUGAUGUGUUAAGUGAGGGUUAGAAAAUCCCAGGUCGAAUAACUCUAAAUAAACUGCACACUUAAGCCGAGACGUGGAAAAGUCGACAUCACUAUGACACCAUGAGCUAGUUUUCGCUCAGUUUAAGACGUAAUAUCUUAGUUGGGUGUGAGUCACGGUGUCCUAGAGAAGAAGGGGUCUAGGGUUAGGAUACACGAUACAGGAUGUAAUAUUUUAAAAGUUUAUCAAAUAAGUAUAAACAAGCCACUUACAGCUGUCAACGGAAAUUUCCCGAAAAUAUAAAUUAAUGCUAAGUAUGCUUUAAUAAUAUAGAAUGUCCAGUACAAAUGUUCCCUUUAAUAAUUUUGAUUCUCAUGUCGACGUUGCGUGUCGGUGUCGUGUAUCCUCACCUUAACAAUUAGGUUUUAAAAUAUGUAUAAUAUUAUAUUAUGCAUAUAUCCACGUCGACGGCCGAUAUUCUCCUCAUAUCUUAUUUAUAAUUGUACGGAGUGGAAAGAAAAAACGGUUUUAUAUUUCGAUAG